CACUGAUUGUCCACACCAAGGCAGUCCUUCCCCCUCACGAUCAUGUUGUCUGGCACACCAGUCAAGCAAGAGGAUGGCGUCAAGAAGGAGGAGCCAGCGUCAGGCGCAGCCACACCGGCUGAGCCCACGACGUUUCGCGACAUCCCCCUCUAUAGCUCCUCGACGGGCGACUGGAAGCACCACCUCAUGAAGCUUGCCUCGCACGCGCGAGUCAACCCUUCUGAUGCGGCUCAGUUCCCAGGCCCAGUCAGGCUCAACAGGAAAUUGCCACCAAAGGAGAAGGACAAGCUUCCGAGAGCGGGAUCGCCAGUCCUUGACCAGUAUGGCAAUGCCAUCAUGGUCCCACCUCCCUCGCAGGAUGGCAACCCAGCACCAACUGGAGUUCCUGUCAAGAAGAUCCCGCUGCUAUGGCCCUUUCCCGAUGAUGACUCCGAACCUGUUGAGGCGGCGCUUGCACGAUUGAACCCUGUCAAAGGAGCAACAGCCGAUGCAAGCCUCAUUGGGCCAAGUGCCACUGCCAAUAAUGCCACCCGGCAGAAGGCGGGCAUGUUCCAGAAGCGUGUGAGAGAGGUGUACAAAGCUUCUUCAGUUGCGCGCAAGACGAUGAAUGAGGAGGCCCUACCCUGGGUCCUAGAGGAUUGGGAGACAAAGAAGAAGUGGGAGCCGGCAAAGACGCCAAAUAGAAACGGCCUCAAGGCACUCGAACAGGCCAUCAAAGUGCGAAAAGAGGGAGGAGCCUGGCCGGUGCGAUUGUCAUCCAAGGCCAAGCCUGAGGAGGACGGCGUGAAGAAGGAGGAGGUGGGCGUCCGAGGGAAGAAGGGAAAGGGAAAGGGCGAUGAGAGCAGCGAAGAGGACGACGAUGAUCCUCACGGACCCAAUCAUUCGCCUUGGAUUGGGAAAUUGGAUGGAGAGGCUCAUGAGAGCGCAUCGACGUCGGCUGGAGGUGCCAUGUCCCACGCCCUCUUCAUCUUCGACGACCGAGGCGCAGGAGGGUUCCGCAUGGUGCCCGUGUCGAGAAUGUACAAGUUUCUUCAACGACCGAAGCAUGCGAACAAGAUCGGCUGGGAAGAGGCCGAGGAGCUGUACAAAAAGCAACAGAAGGCGAGAAUGGGCGAAGGUGUCCUCGACCGCUUCAUACACCGGCAGAAUGGUGACGACGGGAAUCCUGCUAUCGGACGCAGAGUCGGUGGUGCGAGCUCGUGGUCAGGCCGUGGAGGGGGUGGAGCACCAAAGAAGGAAGAUGACGACAUUGCGUAUCUCCGAGAACUGGCGCUGCCAGGUUCCUUCUCCGCGCGCAACAGCAACGCAUAUGAUCGCGAUUCAUCGAGCCGGAGGAGCAAAUUCACUGCCGUCAGUUCUGGACCUCGAGUCAAAAGUGAGGAAGGAACCUAUGGCGAAAUCGACUUUGAAGAGUCAUUUCCCGACGACGAGGAGAGGAACGAGGGGGACGACUAUGCGCUGGGUGAAGAGGAAACCAAGGAGCUGGAGCAGAGGCUGAAGCGUGAAAUGGCCAAGGCUGAGGAAGAUGCAGCUCGUGAGGAGGCUGAUGAGGACGACGACCUAUUCGACGAUGGUCGAGGCCGCAAGGGCAGACGCGAGGACGACCAGCUGACGGGCAGCGGAAAGCAGAUGCGAAAGAUCAUGCGCGCCCUGGGCAGAAGAGAAGGCAAUGAAGCCUACGACGAAGACGACGAAGACCGUGAUCCUUACGCUAGUGAAGACUCCGACGACGAAGACACGGUUAUGAAUAACCCUGAAGAGGCACUUCGACAGGUCCGCGAAGAAAAAGAACGUGAAGCACGCGAAGCUGCCAAGAAUGGUGCUCAGACCAAUGGCUCAGCGACAGCGGAUGCAAGCAAACGACCAUCUAACGAAAACUCGCGAGCCAAUACGCCGUCGGGUCGGUCCGAGAAGCACGCACAGCAAAGCAAUGUGGCGGGCCGGGGUCAAUCACAGCAGCAAGCGGGUCGCAGGCCUCAGCAGCAACAGCAGCAGCAACAGGGUAGGCCCGGAGCAGGGCACGCCAGUGUGGCCCAACGAGCGACAAGUCCCAACCGGGCAGGGUCCCAUAGCCGUCAGGGCAGUCGGUCUGGCUCUCCCGACCGUGCGACACCACCACCUUCGCUCAAACGAAAAUCUGACACUGCAAAUUCGGGCAAUAGCACACCGUCGUCGCACAAUCGCCUCGAUUCAAACGAUUCGAGCAAGCGUCCCCGUACGUCUUCCAAUCUUCAGCGAGGUGGCAGCCAGAGCCGGUCCAACUCCCAGCCAGGGUCUCCCAGAUCCGAGGAGGCUCCCGGCGCUCGUUCUCCGUCGGGCGCCGGCACCCGCUCGCCGCCUGCCCACGCUGGUUCAAGGUCUGGGUCGCCCUCGCGGCGUGAGGGAGGCCAACGAGUGCCGGCUUCACCGCUCGAGCAAGAGAUUCUUGACCUGGUCAAGUCGGGCGCGGUCAAAGAUACCAAGGAGCUCAUUCGACACUUUUUCAAGGCUGGCAGGCUCAAUCCGCCCAAUUUCAAGACGCAGCUCACCUCGGCCGUCACGGCGGUGCUAAUCAAGGGCGAAGACUCCUCGCUCAAUCCCAAGCCUGGGUACUAGAGCCUUUUGUCUCCCGUCUUCACUUGACCGCCUAGCAGAUCCAUUAUCACCCGAAUCAUCUAUGGAAAAGAAUCUCAUUGAGUGCCAAGCGAGC